AUGUCAAAUAGUGUUGACCUGACGCAAAGUACAAAAGUUGAUAUUGAUGACCCUGUUUAUUAUAAUUCAAACUUGGUUUGCCGUGGUUGUUUGAAAAGAAGCGGUGUAAUGAAAAACCUAGUUGAAUGGGGAUUAGAUGUUGAUUUCUUUGCUUACACCGACGUACCCAGGGAUCCAUCUGAAGGAAUGCCGGAGCUGAUAUGUGACGGGUGUGAGGCUAAUCUUCAGAGUGCCAAGAACUUCAAAAUCAAAUGCCAGCAGUCGGACAUUAUAUUAAGGUCAAAUAUGAAGAAAAAAACACCUUCCCGUAAUACAGUGAGUCAAGCUCAUGUUACAUCAGUGUUACGUAACAAAAUGCUGUUAUAUUUAAUAACGGCUCCUAAUCCAGAAGACAAAAUACCUCUUAAAUGUCCGCAUAAAUUUUGCAACUCUGAAUUUUAUAAAAAAAUCCAUGUGAUCACCCAUCUUAGGAAAGCCCACAACAUCAGCGCCGAGUUUGAAAUACACCAACAGUUUUACUGCACAGAAAAGAAUUGUGUGUACAACUUGACUUCAGAACCUAGUAAAUUCUUUACGGGGCGUAAAUUCUUGAAUCAGCAUUACAGCAAAAUGCAUAACGAUAAGGUUUAUUCUUGCGAGUCUUGCCACAAAAAGUUUCCCAAGGUCACAGACUAUUAUAGACAUUUAAAAUCUUGCAAUUUAAUGUAUGUGUGUUCUUCGUGUAAUAGUAGUUACACUUCACAUGAGUCGUAUCUGGUCCAUUUGCUGCGAAGACAUCCAGAUUUACACGCAAAAUAUAAAGAGGAGAAGAAAGCUAAAAAGAGACUUACAGAGAAAAGUGAUGAAGAUACGGAUGUAAAUAAUGUACAACUACCGACGAAAAUCAGAAAGGACAAUCUUGUUGAAAAGACAAAGGAGAAAAUGACAGAAGAAAUAAAACCAAACAAAUUAGUAGAAUCAAGUUUUCUGCAACAAACAGAGUCAAAUAUUACAAGGUUCACACCACUGGAGUUAAAUAUUGAUGUUUUUGAGACUUCAAUUCCACCGUUGCAGUACAUAGCAGAAAUAGACUCUGAGGAAACGCCUUUUGUUGCUCAAGAGUAUACAAUACAGGAAAAUAUUUGUGGGGAAUCAAUCGCGGAGUCUUUUGCUGAAAACCUAACUGUCGCUGAAGCUUAUACUAUUAAAGAAAAGACUGAUGAUAAAGUUAUACCAGAAAAUGAAAAAAGAAAUUCUAAUCAAAUCGGAGAAGAAUCACUAGACCGGCAUAUUUCUAAAAGAUCAGAUGGCGUAGAUGUCAAUAACGAAAUGGAAAGUUUAAAAAAAUCAUCAGCUACUCAAAUCCCUGAGGACAUCACUAAUGAUGUGUCAUUAUCUGCAUGGUCAAAUAAAAAUGAUUUUGAAUUACAAAAUGAAUCUACACAAACUGUGUUCGAAGACAUGUUAUCAAUGAGAUCCCAAAACAGCGAUGAAGAAAUUUACUUCUCUGAAUCUGUAUCUUUAUCAGACAUCCAGACUCAGACAGCUCCUUUCGAGUUUGGCUUGAUUCGGUGUAAUAAAGAAACCCAGUCUUGUACAUCUCAGACCCAAUCUCCUGAUCUUAGCAUCAAGGAGACUCAGACUUGUUUCUGCCUUUUUGAUUCACCAAACUUUAACUUCGGGCAUUUUGUUGAUAGUCUGCCGUCGAAUUCUGCCUCAGGCAACUUCAUAUCUACUGAGACACAGACUUCUGACUUCAGAACAGCCAUUCGUUCUGACGUCCUUCUGAGUUUCAGUUCGGCAGAAACUCAAACAUGCUUUGAAGAAGCCACUAACAGCAGCAUGUGA